AUGUCGAUAUUAGAGCGAAAUGGUAUUCCCGGACCCAAACCCAGUCUACUUUCGGGUAAUAUCAUGGAUAUGGCGAAGACUAAGUCAGUUCCCCGACAGACGGAGUGGAUUAAGAAGUACGGAAAGAUUGUGGGCUAUUAUAACGGAUACAAACCACAGGUUCUGGUGGCGGACCCGGACUUAGCAAAGAAUAUUCAGAUCAAAGACUUUCAAUAUUUCGCUGACAGACCGCACAUGACUUUAAAGCAUGGCUUACACCCAAACCCGGCCAAUGAGGGGAUGAUUAUUAGACAUCGGGGAAAGAGAUGGAAAGAAGUGAGAAGUGCUUUGACCCCCACUUUCAGCGGAUCCAAACUCAAGACAAUGACUCCCAUCAUAGACGACGCCAUCAAUAAUAUGAUGGAUAUAAUGGAGAAAAAGUCUAAAACUGGAGAAGAGUUUGAUAUUUACGAUAUGUUUCAAAACCUGACGACUGAUGUGAUCGGAAGGACUGCUUUUGGUAUUCAAAGUAAUGUCCAAAACGAAGAAAAUAAUAAAUUCUUGAAUGCGGCUAAAGAUGUAAGACUUGAGGAGAUAAUUCAACAACAUUUGGGUCUCUCACCGAAUGGCAUACUCUUAGAUAUGGCCCGAGAUAUCAUUCAACUGAGAAAACAAAACCCGAAUUCUCGUCGAAAGGAUUUAUUGCAACUAAUACACAAAGAUGUCGAGUGA